UCAUCAGGAAAUUUGUAUCAGUACCGCAGCAACAUCAAAUAAAACCAACAAAAAUGUCUUUCUUGACCAGAACAUUGUUGAGAACUCUUCCACAAAUUGGCAAACAAUUUGCCAAGCAACAAAAUGUGAACAACACCUUCAGACGUCUUUUGCAUCAAACUUCACCCUUGUUGGCUGUCAAAGUUCAACAACCGGCCCCAGAUUUCAAGGGUAUUGCUGUGUUGGGAAAUGAUUUCCAAGAUGUACAACUUUCCGAUUAUGCCGGCAAAUAUUUGGUUUUGUUUUUCUAUCCCCUUGAUUUCACAUUUGUCUGCCCCACAGAAAUUAUUGCAUUUAGCGAACGUAUUCAAGAGUUCAAAGAUCUAAAUGCCGAAGUUUUGGGUGUCUCUGUCGACUCACACUUCUCACAUUUGGUCUGGUCCAAUAUGGAACGUAAAAAUGGUGGUCUUGGCGGUUUGAAAUAUCCCCUUUUGGCCGACAUUACCAAACAAAUCAGUUCCGAUUAUGGUGUCCUUUUGGAAAAUGAAGGCAUUUCAUUGCGUGGCACCUUCAUUAUCGAUCCUAAUGGCAUUGUACGCCAAUAUUCCAUUAACGAUUUGCCCGUGGGUCGUUCGGUCGAUGAAGUUUUGCGUUUGAUUAAAGCAUUCCAAUUUGUGGAAAAACAUGGUGAAGUAUGCCCAGCCAAUUGGAAUCCCGAAUCGAAUCCUGACACCAUUAAACCCGAUGUUGAACAAUCCAAAGAAUAUUUCAAUAAACAUGGUUAGAAGAUGAUGG